AUGUCUAUCCCAAACCAAGCGCUCGAAAAGUUGAUCCGUGAGAUCGAGAGCCAGGCCAUCGUAGCCCAGCAGCAGAUUGGCCAGGCUCGCACUCAGAUGACGGCAAAGCAACGAGAAAUGCGCAUGGUGCACCUAACCUUGGAUGAGGUGUCGACCGUGUCCCCGAACUCGGGUGUUUAUGAGGGUGUUGGCAAAAUGUUCGUUUCGAUACCCACCCCGCAGUUGAAAGAAAAGUUGGAGGGCCAGAUCAAGGAGAGGGAGGGCGAGGUUGAGAAGCUGAGCCAGAAGUUGCAUUACCUGGAGACGACGUACAAGAACAGCCGGCAACACAUUGACCAGAUGCUCAAGGCACAGUCAUGA